AUGAAGUCCACAACGGCCAGUCUGCGCCGGGCCUCGCGAGGGCUUCGAUUUACCCACACGCCCUCCUCCUCUUCCUCCUGCUGCUCCUCGUUAAGACCAUCUAUCUGCAGCUCCCACGUGGUAGGAUCCGCCGUCCCGGUUCCGGGAACCCGGCGAUCUACUUCAUCCUCAGCAGCGGACGCCGUUGCUGCUCCCACAUCAUCUCCCUCUCCGACCUCAACCCGUCCCCAAACAUCAUCAUCCAGCCUACAACAGCCCCCAACGCGCCGCCAUCUUCAUGGCCAGUUCAUCCGGCGCUCCGGCGUCCCCUCCAAUCCCGCCAUGAAAUUCCCUUGCGUCGACGCCCUCGAGUCACGUUCAGCAACCCUCCAGCGCCAAGCCGAAGCUGCGGCGGCACAGCGGCGCUCUCUCGAAGACACUGAAGGUGACACAGGAGGCCCUGAGCCCUCCUACACCGUCGGCCCGACCCAAGUCUUCCAUUCCUACGAGCCCUUCCUCCUCGACCAUGGCGGCUUGCUCCACGAGUUCGACAUCGCCUACGAAACAUGGGGUCGGAUGAACGCUGACAAAUCAAACGUCAUUCUCUUGCAUACUGGUCUAUCGGCAUCCUCACACGCACACUCGACUCCGGAGAACCCGCAGCCCGGGUGGUGGGAGAAGUUCAUAGGCCCCGGCAAGGCGCUCGAUACAGACAAGUACUUCAUCAUCUGCACGAACGUACUCGGUGGGUGCUACGGGUCAACCGGCCCCAGCAGCAUCGACCCCUUGGACGGUAAGCGCUAUGCCACACGCUUCCCGAUUCUCACCAUCCAGGACAUGGUGCGCGCACAAUUCCGGCUGCUGGACCACCUGGGCGUGCGCAAGCUGCACGCCAGCGUGGGCUCCUCCAUGGGCGGGAUGCAGUCGCUUGCCGCGGGUGUCGAGUUCCCUGAUCGCGUUGGCCGCGUGGUCACCAUCUCUGCCUGCGCGCGCAGCCAUCCCUACAGCAUCGCCAUGCGCUACGUGCAGCGCCGCGCCAUCCUGAACGAUCCCAACUGGAACCGAGGCUUCUACUACGGCCGGGUCCCUCCCCACACAGGCAUGAAACUGGCGCGCGAAAUCGCCACCAUCACGUACCGGUCCGGCCCAGAAUGGGAGCAGCGCUUCGGGCGCAGGCGCGCCGACUCCGCCAAACCUCCGGCCCUCUGCCCUGACUUCCUCGUUGAGACAUACCUCGACCACGCUGGUGAGAAGUUCUGCCUGACGUACGACCCGAACAGCCUGAUCUACGUUAGCAAGGCCAUGGACCUCUUCGACUUAGGCCUCGAAAACCAGAGGCGUACCGCGCGCCGCAGGGAAGAAGCGCUCGUGCGCCGGCUGGCCGAGGCCGCGGACCCAAGUGCCCAGGACGAGGACGGCACCUGCAUCCUGACGCCGCCCGACCUCAGCAAUCAGGAUCAACACGGCCAGAACCAGGCCCACAACGAGAUCAUCCAGACCCUGACCGACCCAACGCCCGUGCAACGGCGGGCUGCGGCCGAAGCGUACAAUCCUCCUGCCGACCUCGUCGCCGGACUGGCGCCUCUUCGUAACCAUCCGACACUCGUCAUGGGCGUGGCCAGCGAUAUCCUGUUCCCCGCGUGGCAGCAGCGCGAGAUAGCCGAGGCGCUGCGGCAAGCGGGUAAUACGCAAGUGGAGCACGUGGAGUUGAGUGAGGAGCAGAGUCUGUUCGGGCACGACACCUUCUUGUUGGAUGUUGAGAACGUAGGUGGGGCGGUGAGGAGGUUUUUGGAUCAGUAG